AUAAAAAUCACCAAAGCUAGCUUAACCAAAUUUUAAAAGUUGGAUUAAGCACUAUUAUAAGUGGCAGCAUAAGAAGGGUUUUCAAUGCAGACCCGUCUUGCUUUCCAAGGAGCUGUUCUGGGGCUCUGGUUCUGCUUGUUUGCGGUAAGCUUCUGCUACAGCAGUGCAGAGACUGUUGAGGUAGCUGGAGAACAAGUACUACUAGACAAAGCUUUUUCAGAGCUCCAAACAGAGGCUGCAGAGCUCAAUGAAGAAGGGAAGUUUGCAGUGCUUCCUCCAAAACCCUUCUUCAAGAAACCACCUGUACAUAAGAUUCCCAUUGUAAAGAAGCCAUUUCCACCGAAGCCCUCCUUCAAGAAACCACCUCUACAUAAGAUUCCCACUGUAAAGAAGCCAUUUCCACCACCAGUUCCAAUCUUCAAGAUUCCACCCUUUAAGAAGCCGGGUCAUCCCCCGGUGCUAGUUGCGGAACGAAAACUUCUUGAUUCUGGAUAUAAUUAUCCAGUAUAUCCGACGGCACCUAUCCCUCCUCACAAGUAGGCCUCUUCCUCCACCCUUUCCAACAUUCAAGAAGCCUUUUCCUCCACAUCCUUUCCUUUGUAAGCUACUCCUUCCUCUGGUUUCCCUAAAGCUAGCCUAGUGUUCUUUCAACUAUAACAAUAUUGUUAAGGGAUGAAAGCAUAGAAGUUAUGUAUUGGUAUAGAAUAAAUUUCUGCAUGGAGAGAGAGAGAGAGAAGAAAAAAAGGAUAUGAC